AUGAAGGACGAUGGGGGCGUGGCCGCACAGAUGACAGGACAAUAUGACGGUCGUGAUCCUAGUCUCAGCGCCGGUCCUGCGCCCAACGCUGGUCCCGCGCUUGACGCUGGUCCUGCGCCCGACGCUGGUCCUGCGGUUGAUGCUGGUCCUUGUCCUGAUGCCGGUCCUUGUCCUGAUGCCGGUCCUAGUCCUGAUGCCGGUCCUAGUCCUGAUGCCGGUCCUGAUCUUAGCAGCGUGCAAGGGAGUGUGGAGUUAAUAAAACAUAUACCGAUUGGAGACGUGCAUUGGAUUUGGAGUUUCCCGCGGCGAAGUACGGCUCCAGGUCAGGCAGGUGUUUCGAACAACCUCCUCCUCGGGUCGUCGUCGUCGUCAUCGCUGUCGGGUUUUUCUAUUCAGUCAGGAUUCGAUCGUGUUCGGGAGGGUCGAAUUCCCCCAAGUGUUUCACAAGGUAUUCUAGUCCAGAGAUCGGACUAUAGCUUUGAGAUAUACUGCGUGACAUGUGAAGGGAGGAUAAAGCUAGUUUCUCGUGCAAGUUAUAUAAGAGAUACGUCAAGAACUCGAAGCAAUGAUGUUGAAAUAAUUCAAUCGAAUCCCAUGACAAGAGUCACCAUAUGCGAGGACAAGAUCGCAGCGUGUUUCGGAUUGAGUGUGGUGGAUAUCUUGUAUGUGAAAGGUUGGAAUUUUGUGAGCACUUCAGUACGCAUAGCUAGUCAAAAUAUUACUUCACUAAGUUUCGCUCCACAUUCGGCAAUGUUUCCAAGACCUGGCAUUGUAGACAUCAAAAGGCCUAGACAUGAAUACUGUCUGGUUGGACACACCGUGCUGGGCUCAGUACAGGUAUGGUUAGGCGAUGAUGAAUCGUAUCAGAUUGAUGGAAUAGCUGAGUACUUAUGGGACAAUCAAUUUUAUAUAGAUGGAGCAAACUUUUAUGACCAUGAAAGGAAAUUAAGCUUACCGGUACCUAAGAUCCUUAUAACCAGCACCAUUGAGGCCAGUUUGGACUUGAGUAUUUCUGGAACCGGUGGGCCGUAUGUCUUUGUAACUGACUCCGAAUAUUUGCUUGUGUAUUCCAGAAUCGUCGAAGGCCAAGAAAAUCUCCAAGUUAUUCCUGGAACCCGAUUCUAUGCGGAAUCCUUAUGCGUAUUGACACGCGCUAACUAUCAAGACAAAACCCUCAUCAUCGUAGCUGCCGGAUCCAAAUCACACGGAAUGGCUUUGCUACAAUUCACGACACCUUCACGGAUGCCCACCUCUAUCAAAUGCACCAUUCGUUACGUCACGCAACAGGUUAUGCCUGCUCUAGACUUUGUAACCGUAGGACCCUCAUUCAUCAUUGCAGGCGGUCUAGGCAAACGGGGAGGACUCUGUCAUCUAUCCAACUCAGCACUGCUCAUUUCCAAAGGGCUUCACCUUGGACCGUGGUUCUAUGACCGUCUCUUUUCAAUCAAAUGGGACGACUCUCACGACAUUAUACUCCUCUCCUCCGCUCCCAUUGGUUCCGCUCCCAUUGGUUCAACCAUGAUGGCAUCCGAGCACUCGGAUCUUGGGCAUUCGGCUCCUGAGCACUCGGCUGUUGACCACAUCAGUUCAACGCCAGACGGCGCCCCAGCCCCCAAUUCAACCGCCACAUAUUACACCGUAGAUGGCAAACGCUUUAUUUCAUGUUCGCUUCCCCACUUGGAUUAUGUGAAUCCUACUAUCGCCUGCUCUAUGCUUGAUCCGUCGGACAACAACGAUCCUCAGCAACGCAAACUCAUUCAAGUUACAAGUCGCCAUGUCCGGGUCGUAGAUAUUGGCCGUCCAACAGGCUUUGACGACGAUCUCACCUCCCGGGGCCACGAGCACGCACCAGUUUAUCAACUGCAGACGGAAGUAUUAUCGGCUGCCAUUUGUCGCAACUUCGUGGUAAUAUGUUACUUCGAAGGGACAGUGGCGGCUGUGGCAUUAGAUGGGCGGCUUGUCGCGCAGUUCCGUGAUCUUCAGGGGGUGAGCUUGGUCACAAUUGAGGACGAUCGUCGAAUAUGGUUUGUGCGCGAGACCGGUCACAGAUGGUCGGUCGUGGAGUACGUGGACAUCCCCAAUCCCAGUGUAGACAACCCAAGUGUGGACCACCAGACUAAGGAGGUUAAAGCGUCUGCGUUGACGGCCGUAGUUAGUCUCUCGGAAAGACCUGUGGCCAUCAAGGUGGCCACCGCCAUAUUCCUAGUGACCGAGCGGGGUAGCGUGUAUCGUUUCGCAAAGCCGGACGGGCCAGCCGGUCCUUCCUUCCGGCCGCCAGGCUCCAAUGGUCUAAUGACUCCUGAACCUGGCGGUUCGGAGCCUGGCGGUUCGGAGCCUGGUGGUUCGGAGCCUGGUGGUUCGGAGCCGAGGAGUCCUGAACCUGGCGGGGCGAAGCCUGGCAGUUCGGAGCCCUGGGGUAGUUCCGUUUUGACUAGUUCGUGUUCGGCCGUGGAGAAGAUGUAUCGACUAAGCAGCGGCGGUUAUGACCGGGUGGCUCAGGUGGUGGCUUUGGCGGAGGAGUUGUGGCUGGUGCGAUGUUUGUCUGGAACCUACACGGUUGAGCUUGGCAAGUUGGCCGUAGCCGAUGCUCGGGCGUUAAGCAGCAUUCGAGCGAUGGUACACACAAAGGGAAUGGUGAUAUGGCUGACUGACCAGAAUGAGCUCCGAGCGGGCGUGCUCAAGGUCAACCCCCAGGAGAGUCAGUGCCUACCACUGCUGACCGGCCACUGCGUAGCUCAGGUGGAAGAGUUUCAUGACCAGUUGAUGUUCUCCACCGUACCCUCUAUGCAGUACGAUGACGAGUUCAGUUACGAACUAGCUUCCGAACUCGGGAGAACCAUGGCAUUGAAGGAGGACCACGCGGGUGGCCAGUCACACGUGGACGGGCAACCACAGGUGGGUGAUCAACCAGGUGUGGGCGAGGUCGUAAAGCGUUUCCUACCUGACUGUAACAGCUGCUUGGGUCUGAUGAACCCGCGUACAGGGCGUUCUGAGACGCUUCAUAUUUUCGACCCCACUGAGAUAGUGACUUGCAUUAUGCCCCCCUAUCCUGGCAGCGUUGACGAGAUUUGGUUCUUAUGUACCAAGCGCGGCUGUCACCAAGGACGGCUAUACGCCGUCCGCAUCAGUUCGGAUCCCGGACCAGAAGACCUAAUGUCGGUAGAAUCAAUGUCGGUAAAUUCAAUCUCGGUUCCAACUGCUAAAACUUCUUUUGGCCAUGGAUACCGACUUGAGAUUCUGGGUACAAAGGCCCUCGGAGAGAAUUGUGAAGUAAGCUGCGGCAUAGUCGUCAGUGAGCAUGUGCUAGUUCUUGGUCAUGGCGACUCACUAAGCAUGUAUGAAUAUGCGGUUCUAAUGGGUUCUGGAGAAGAUGAACACCUGGUGGCAUCGGAGGAGAAUUAUCACGUUCCAGCUGACCAGGGCCAACCCAGUAGCAUCGCAGAUCAAAUGGGCCGGGCGACUGUGACGUUGACGUGUGUGGGGGCUGUAUGGGUCCAUAGUACAAUCACCGAUAUUGUCUAUUUGUCUCCCAUGCGUUAUGCACUCGCUACAUUGUACCAUUCUUGUACGGUAUUGGAGUUGAGACCGUCAUCUUUACUACGAGAAUUAACUGUUCGAGAUCGUCUUGAAAGAGAGGGGGUGCAGACACUCAGUAGACUGAAUGAUGACUGCUUCAUUGCUGCUAGACACAACGCCCUAACUGUUCACCAAGUCGUCAAGGACAAAGUCACUCACAGACUUCAGUCCUCCUCACCCUUCCAUCUGGAUACACAAAUCAACCGAAUGAAGGCGACCCGGCAUGCCAUACCCUCCAUAGACCCCCUACAGGCUUGUACGCACUGGUUAGACAUUGAAGGGAAUGUUGGGGUCGUCCUACCCAUACGCGACCCAGGUCUCUUUACCACCCUUAAGGAAACUGAACACUCGACAUAUAGAAUGACAAGUAAGCAACGCCCCGGUCAUUUACCCUAG